AUGACCACCAAUAGCUCUAUAGAAAAAGCUGUAGAUGAUGGAGGUAGCAGUGGUGGGUUUCCAGUUGACAAUGGGGAAGGUGUGGUUCAUGGGCAUAUUCAUAACUAUGACAACAUGACUUAUAUACAUGGUCAUGUUCAUCAUGGACACCAUAAAGACAAUUCUGGGCUCAACAGUUUAAUAGAGGCCCAAGAUGAUUGGGUCCCAUCUUCGUCAUUGAACACUAUGAGCAACGAAGAUUUAUGCCGAAAAUACGUUGAUUGUCAGCAUUUUGAAUUUGUCAAUUAUCAUACGUCCAAGCAGUUGUCGGAAACGAUUAACAACAAUAAUCUUGAUGUCGAUAACGGCGUCGGCGGCAGAUUCAGCGACAGGGAGAACGCUCUCAAUACUGCAAUCGACAGUACAGCUAAUCAAGACAUUUCAACAAUUGGCAAUGGUUCUCAUCAUUAUUUAAACGGUGAAGUAUCAAGUAAAGGUGUGGAUCAGAUGUUGAUGCCAGUAUCGAAGAAAAGAACCUUUUCAGAUGUCAUUAACAACGUUACCGAAGAUGUAGGGUCAGAGUGUGAAUGUAAUCCUAAAAUUUUAGAAGUAUGUUGUGAUAUGGAUCAUGCUCCAUCAUCUGUUCCGACCGAGGAAGGACUUUUAGAACCUUUACCACCCGCAACUGAUGAAGAUCUUAUAGUUUGCACAGGUGGGACGAAUAAUUUCCUAGUGCCGCCGGCGGCUAAUGAAAAAAUCCUAAAAAAGGAAUCACCAGAUAUCGAUUGUGAUUUGACCUGUGUAUGCCCGCAAGAAUUUAGUAGUAAUCAAGAUGAUGAAGCAGAAGAAGAGGAAGAAGAGGAUGAAGAUGAAGAGGAUGAAGAAGAGGAUGAAGAUGAAGAAGGUGAUGAAGGUAAGGAGACUGAAGACGAUAUUUUUGAGAGAUUUUGCAAGGAGUGUGUGAACCUCAAUCAGCAAAGUGCACAAGAGAAUCAUUGUCAGCAUCAGCAUCAGCAUCAGCAUAACUUUUUACAGUAUCCGCAUGAAUUUAAUGAUAAGUCUGGUUAUCAUUAUUUGAAUACCCCAUCAUCCCCUGCUUCAUCAUCUUUGAACGAAGGUCUACAGAAGGGGAACCCGACAACUGAUUUCGGCCAAAGGCCGCAACCCCUUGGUGACCAUUCAACUCUUUGUCAUGAUCAUGUCGUUAAUUCACAUAUGGAUUUGAAAAUCCUUAAUGAUUUAUGUGAUAUUUCAUCACUUUACGAGUUUCCGUUUGCUAAUCAUAUGAACCACCAUAAACAUUCUCAUAACCACGUUCCAGGACACAGUAAUCAAGGUGUUAACCUCUUACACUCUACCAUUGAGGGUAACGGAAGUCGCGGAGGUAGCAACACUCAUCACCAUCAUCACAGAAUCCAAUUUCAUCAACACGAAUCUCAGCAUGAAUCUCAGCAUGAACCUCAGCAUGUGCCUCAACAUGGACCUCAGCACGAACCUCAGCCUCAACAUUUAGCAUCUGAAGAAGUGAAUCCCAGAACUGCUUUCUCUUGGAAUCAAAAUGAGAAUGUACCUCCAAAUUUGAAGGUAGAAGAGGAUCAAGCAUCUUUAUUGCAUCAUCAUCAUCAUCAUCAUCAUCAGACUCCUCGAUUGAAUCAUGAUAAUUUGGAAACUGAUACGAAUACAAUUAACUUUAACUGGUCGUUCAAGAACGAAGAUUCAGGUCAGUUGAAAUGUGAAUGGGAUCAAUGUUUUGAGCAAUUCCCCAGUUUAAUAGAUUUACAAAAGCAUAUGUUUAGAGACCACGUACCGCAGGAAGAAGUCACAUCCAAUCUUUUAUGCAAUUGGAACGAUUGUCAAUUUAAAGGUGACGAUAUUUGUUCCCUUGUCAACCACAUCAACUCUGAUCACGGUAUUAAUUUUGGUAUGAAGGUUUUAGAUAAUGCUUCACUAUUGGAACAAAGGGAACAACAUCAUCUAUUGCAUUGUCCGGAACAUGUGGAAGAAUCGCUAAAUUUACCUUGUAAGUUCACUAAAUUACAAUGUCAGUGGGACGGUUGUGAUCAAUGCUUUUCUGGAGCAGAAGACUUAAGCAAUCAUCUAGAGAAAUUUCACCUUCCUAGAGGUAAAUCUGAGUAUCAUUGUCAUUGGAAAGGUUGUUGUCGUAAAUUUACUCAAAGACAAAAGAUGGUUCGACACUUAAAAGUUCAUUCUGGUUACAAGCCUUUCAAAUGUCAGGUUUGUUUAAAAUCAUUUUCGAGUGAAGAUACUUUGAACCAACACAUGCGCACCCAUUCAGGUGAAAAACCUUUUAAAUGCCAUUUAUGUGGGAAGAGCUUUUCGGUCUCUAGUUCACUGAAAAUUCACAUAAGAACCCAUACCGGUGAAAAACCGUUACAAUGUAAAAUUUGUGGUAAAAGAUUCAACGAGUCAUCCAACUUAAACAAACAUCUAAAGACUCACAGGAAAAAAUACAAGUGCAGUUGCUGUUUUAGAAGUUUUGAUACUGAGGAAAAGUUUAAAGCUCACGAAUUUACAUGUUGCAAUGCUCCUCCAAGAUUAACGCAAAUAUAA